CGGAAGUCACAUGCGCAUGUUUAUGUUAUGCAAGUGGAUCACGAAACAGUGGUUGUCGCGUCCCAUAUGGCAUAUCUGAACUUGCAUUAAAAAAACCAGAUAGACUUUUCAGCCCCCAGGUGCAGAAUGCUUAAGUAUUUCAAGCCCGCUACGAGGACUAGAAGUACCUCAAAGGUUGUUUUUAAUAGGAUCAGGAGUCCUGUCAAAAUAAAACCAACUCACCGUACGCGUUGUAAGCGCGAACUUUCAUUAGACAGAUUCGAAACUUCCAGUUCCAACAACGAGGUCGAGGACAAAAGUAACCAACACAAAAAUUGUCACCAACCUUCAAAGAAACUCAAAACAGAAAGAAUUCUGCAAGAGAAGCCGUUGCUUGGUCUCCCGUGCCGCAAACUCUCGGCCGAGAAUCUGGACUGCGAUUAUGUGCAGCUGUACGGCAGACGUGAGGCCCUCGAGCUUUUCGAUGAAUGCGAGCGGGAGUUGAAGUAUUUCACCGGGGAGCUGACCCGGGUGCAGGUGUACGGGAAGUGGCACAGCAUACGCCGAAAACAGGUUGCGCAUGGCGAUAGUGGUCUGACCUACAAGUACUCUGGAGUGACGGUGCCAGCCAAGCCCUGGACACCACUCCUUCAAACAAUCAGAGGCAGGCUUGAAGAGGUCACAGGGCAACGGUUCAACUUCAUUCUUAUUAACAGAUACAAAGAUGGUUCAGAUUACAUGGGAGAGCAUCGCGACGACGAGAAGGAAUUAAUCCGAACCAGUCCCAUAGCAUCCCUGUCUCUGGGCCAGCCGAGGGAUUGGCGUGGAAAGAACGCCAAGAGAAACCUGCCACCAAUCAGAAUUGAGCUGGGGAACGGGAGUCUCUUGAUGAUGAACUAUCCGACGAAUGUUUACUGGUACCACUCGCUACCAGUCAGAAAAAAAGUGGUUGGAGUUCGGAUAAAUAUGACGUUCCGAUGCCUGAAAACUUAAAGAUGAUUAGGGAUUUUAAGUGUUCUUUAAGCUCAGUGGGUACUGUACUAUUUGAGGAUACAGAGAAAACCAACAGAUGUGCAGUUUUUUGGGCGGUUUAAAAAAAAUGGGGGGGGGGGGUUCGUAAAUUUGGGUUAUUUUUUUUUUCAUGUUUUGAAUUGCUCCCUCUUAGGCAGCACUCAGGAUAUGGCUCACAUUCAUCCAGUUUUUAAAAAGCACCUUUUCUUCAGAACUAUACCAUUUCAGGUUGAAUUAUUUCACAUGGUUUUUGGUACCAGUCCUUUCUUUACUUUGAGCAAGGAUUUUCUCAUAAAAUUCUUAUUUUUGUUUCGUGGGUAAUUACCAAUGUUCCUUUAAUUAAAGAACAUGUUUUUGUAUUUUGGCUUUCAACUUUCAUUUAAGCACUACAUCUCACAUAUCGUGUGGAAUAUUUAAACAUCCAAUGCUUCCUAAUGUUGAAAACUGACAACAUUUGUUAUGUCUGAACAAAUUUAAGCCAUAACAAAACAGCAAAGUUUCUAUUAUGUACAUGUAUACUUUGCAACAAUUUGCUUUAUUUAUUACCAGGAAAUGACAAUGUUUUAAUUCUCAAGAUGUUUGACAAAGAUACCACAAUAUCAGACAAUUA